CGAGGCGAAUCGCAAACAAGGAAGUAACGCACACAGGAAGGGCAGCAGUUCCGCACUGGGGGUUAAAAAAAUCAUCGGUGGUUACUAAUAAAUCCCGAGGCCUGAAUAAAUAUUCGGUUCUUCUGCGUUAUUUGCCAUCCUUUUCUCUACAUUUACACGGACAACCAAGACCAUGAACAACAAAGGUUCUUAUCCCCAGCAGAGCCCAUAUCCCCAGCAGGCUACUGCACCCCUGUAUCCCCCAGCUAUGCAGGUGUCCUCCCAGGCACCACCUUACUCUGAUGCCCCUCCUUCUUAUUCUGAGAUAUACCAGCCCAGAUACAUGCACCCUCCCCAGGCUCCAGGCCAGCUGCCCCAGAUGUCCAGCUCCUAUCCCGGUGCCCAAAUGUAUAUGUCCCUUCCCCAGACUGUCCCUGUGGCACCUGUGGGCCCCAACGUGCCGAUGGCAUACUACCCCGUGGGUCCUGUCUAUCCAGCAGGCUCCACUGUGCUUGUGGAGGGGGCGUACGAUGCGGGGGCCCGCUUUGGAGCAAGCGGCACUGCCUCUAUCCCUCCUCCGCCCCCGGGGCAGCACCCCAAUGCAGCCCAGCUUGCAGCCAUGCAAGGCGCCAAUGUGGUGAUGACACAGCGCAAGAGCAAUUUCUUCUUGGGGGGCUCAGGUGGGGGCUACACCAUCUGGUAACAGUGAGGCCUCCACAUCCCGAUCACUCUUUCUGACCUCCCUCUGGGCUACUUGCUACAAACGAUACUGACAUUGUUUAACAGAAUGUAAUAUUUUAGCGCCCGGGGACCUGGUACAGAAUCCCACUGUUACUGAAGAAAGGGUGGGGUUGAGAUUGCCCUCCACCCACCAUGUCUUUGUGGAAAUCUUUCAGAUCAUUGGUCUAUGUGAGGGUAGCACAUCCAGCCUAAGGGCAUAAAGAAAGCUAAUUGCUACAGUUAUUAUGGUAUUCUGUUGUAGUUUCUUCAGUAUACUAGUUUGUCUAGACAGGGUACCUAUUUUGGUAAUAACUCCCUCAAAUUAUACACUGAAAAACCUUGUCAGAUAUGCACAAUCAUUGAAUUAUAUGAUCAUGUUUGUUUUAAUCUGUCAGCCCCCUCCCCCGUAAAACUAUAUAUAGCCAAGUCUUCCUUAUCUUUACUUGCUUAUAAAGGCUGAAAUGAAAUUUAAAAAAUAUGAAAACAGUGGUUUGCUGUACCUGUUUGACGGGCAAAGGAAUAUUAUCAGGUGCCUAGAUUUUUCAUUUGUCAGCACCUUGAACAAAACAAAAAAAUACAAGAAAUGUAUCAAUAUCCAUAAGUGUAUAUUCAAGCCGUAGAUGGAUGGCGGGAAGAGUUGUUGGCCCUUGGUUUUACUUUUGUCGGAUACCCAGAGUUUAGUUCAUAAUAUAAACUUUAAAUAUGUUAAGUUAGUAUAAAAUAUCUCCUUGUUCAAGGCUAAAACCAUGUAUUCUCGUGCUUGUUCAUGUACAAGUACUUGAAUCAUGAAUUACGUAAGCCUUGUUGGCAUUGUCGUUAUAUCAUUUGUAAAUUUAUAUUUAGAUGCUACAGCAAGGAAUUUUAAUUGAAAACUGGGUCGUAUAUAAACAUCACCAUUGUAUUGAUUUAAAAAGUAACUUGUAAAAUUUGAGGUACUGUUGCUAUUUAGGGUCUAUCACACCUGCACGCCCUCUCCACAAAUAAGUGUGUAUGUUUUCUCUGAGAGGUGUAUUAAAGCAGGCAUUUGUAUAACUGCACAGUGAUUAAUUUAGCAUGUUUUUUUGCACAUUUGUAUUAAUUUUCUUUUUCUUAAAUUAAUAUGCAACAUUAUUGUAAUUUUGAUUAAAGACUGUUUUCAUCUAUUAA